AUGGGUGACGGCUCUCUCCCACACCAUCUCGCACCUACGAAUGAAUUGGCCUCUGCGACACACUCGAUGCUACCGUUUGUUGGGGACUCUUGUGACGGCGUGACCAAGUACCUGUACGCGGUGCCGAGGGCCCAGGUCAGGCGCUGGGAAUUCUGCAGGGUCCGCAGGGUUUCAAAUGCCUUGAAUGCGCCCAUGCUUGGUGCUAUUAAUGGAGCCCCGAUGGGGGACUAUGGGGCAGCAGGUGGGCGCAUGUGUACCGGUACAUCCAAGCAAAAGGUGGAUGGCAGAAGAGGCGGCGAAUGUUCCAUUUCCCGAGCUGCUGCAGAUGUCGAGACGGCGAUGCCGCUACACAAAUCUCACCCUCGUCUCGACGCUUCAAUGACUGGUGCCCUCUCCAGCUCGUCGCGGGUGGAGCAGCCGGCAAAUUCCACAUGGAGGCGAGACACUCACACUCACACCGCACGCUGGCUGACGGGGAGCUUGCAAGUGGUCGACAAUUCUGGCAAAAGCACCUAUUCAGCCAUUAGCCAGCAGGCCUGUGCCAUCCUUGCCGAGCACGAGCACAUCAAGCAAUGA